AUGAGCGACAAAGACCGCAUCUACAUGCGCGACAACCUCUUUUUCUUCGCGAUUAUUUGGUCAUUCGGCGCAUGCAUCGAUGCAGCGAGUCGGGCUCUGUUUGACAGAUUUUUCCGUCGGUGGCUUGCCGGCACGCCACAGCUUCUGUCGGACUUCAAUAUGGUCAACAAAGGCGACCUGUACCAGCCGCGGCCUCUGCGACACGGGCUCCCGGACUCCGGGUCUAUUUUCGAUUUCUUUUUCGACAAGAAGACUUUGAAGUGGUCGACCUUCAGUCUCCUCGUGCCUUCGCUGUCUGCGAUUCCAGAAGAUGCCAAGACACAUACCCUGGUGGUUCCCACUCCCGACACGGUCCGCAACAAGCUGUUUCUCGAGUUCUACGCUCUGCGUGGAGUCCACACGCUUCUGGUCGGAGUCACAGGGACGGGGAAGACCACGUGUAUCUCGUCUUUGUUGAAGGACGCCUCGACGUUCGACCGCGAUACGUACACCUAUAUUUCUCUGUGCUUUUCCGCGAAAACGACCGCAAACGAGGUCCAGGAUGUGAUCGAUAGUCGCGUCGACCGCAGUCGGACGAAGGGAGUGUUUGCGCCAUCCCUAGGGCGCAAAUGCUUGGUUUUUCUGGAUGACCUGAAUCUGCCUGCGAAGGAGGUUUACGGCGCGCAGCCCGUCAUCGAGUUGCUCCGGCAGUGGCACAGCAUGGGUGGAUGGUACGACCGGAAGUCGUGGGAAUUCCGUCAAAUCGAGAAGAUCCAGUUUCUCGCGGCCAUGGGAGUCCCCGGGGGGAGUCGUCAGCACUUGCCGCCGCGUUACCUUCGGUAUUUCAAUCUGCUAUAUUUGCCGGCGUUCGCGCAUGCAUCUUUGGUCAUGAUUUUCGACACGGUUCUCUCGUGGAAGUACCGUUGUUUUCCAGCUGAAAUCCAGACCCAAGCUAGGAAACUUAUCGAGGCGACAGUGGAGGUGUACACGGGAAUUUGCCAGGCCUUGCCGCCGACGCCGUCUCGCUCCCACUACACGUUCAACUUGCGAGACGUGUCGCGCGUAGUCGAGGGUUUGUGUUUCUGCACAAAGGACGCGUUCCGCUCUUCAGAUGACUUGUACCGCUGCUGGAUCCACGAGGUUCAGCGGGUGUUCUGUGACCGGCUCGUGUGCCGCGAGGACAAAUCCAAAGUUUUUUCUCUCCUCGCUGGGGUGCUCGAAUCCCGCUGCAGACGAAGGUACUGCGACCUCGUCCCGGCGGGCUCUUCGCCCAUUCUGUUUUGCGACUUUGUCCACCCGAAACGGCCCUACUACCAGCAAGUGACUCUGGAGGAGCUGCGCGACGUGGCACAGAGGACCUUGUCCGAGUACAAUGCACUGUAUCUGAAGUCGCCGAUGAACCUCGUCUUCUUCACACAGGCUCUGAAGCACCUCACACGCGUCGUCCGCAUUCUGCAGCAGCCCAAGGGCAACGGGCUUCUAGUCGGGUUUGGCGGAUCCGGUCGGAAGAGCCUCACGCGUCUCGCGACUUUCCUUGUAGGCUUCGAAAUUGCAACGGUGGACGUCACGCGGUCCUACGGAGUUUCAGACUGGCGAGAAGAUGUCAAGGCCAUUUUAGUCAAAGCUGGCGGCCACCGGAGACACCUUACGUUCCUUCUCUCCGAUUCGCAACUCACCAACGACGCCUUCCUCGACGAUGUCGCCAACCUACUCAACACUGGAGAGAUCCCGAACAUCUUCUCCACCGAAGACAAAAUUGGGAUUCUUGACCUGCUGAGUCACGGCUCUGUGAGUUCCUCUUCUUCAUCCUCUUCCCUCUCCUCUUCCGCGUCGACGGCAGCCGCCUCUGCGCCUCCGUCGGAGAGCUCGAAUCCGGGAGACUUAUUCGAACUCUUCGUGGAAAAUUGUCGGCAGUAUCUCCACAUGAUGCUUUUUUUUUCGCCCAGCGGAGAAACCCUGCGGCACACAAUUCGCCUUUUCCCAGCCUUAGUGAACUGCUGCGCAAUCGAUUGGUUCUCGCAGUGGCGCGAGCCGUCCUUGGAAGCUGUCGCCCGAGAGGAGCUUUGUGCCCUUCGUUUGGGGAGUCUUUUGACGACCCGGCAGAAGCCACAUGGAGCCAGAGAUUCGAGCGCCGACCGCGGCGAAAGGCAAGCAGCCACCGUCCCCAGAGAUCCACCCGAAGAACAGGAAAGCGUGGGCAAAGGAGCAGGGGCAGACGCAUGUCAGAGCGACGGCGCGAUGACCGAGAGGUCGGACGACCAAGAACCAGCAGCGAGAGGGGCUGAGGCAGGUGACGCUGCGAGCGAAUUGGGGAGCAGGCAUGCAGGAGCCAAGACACUUAGCGACGACGAUGUGAUCUUUCCCGACAGUGCCUCACACCUGUCUUCCAUUUUCGCGUCUAUGCAACUUGACGUUGACGAGGUCACCGUUCAGUACCGACAAGAACUCCGACGUCACUACUACAUCACCCCACGCUCCUACAUUGAGUUCCUUAAGUUGUUUUCUCACCUCAGUGUAGCAAAACGGGAGGAACUGAAUCGGCAAGUCGACCAGUACCGCGUAGGCCUCGAGAAAAUACACUCGACGUCCACGCAAGUAGGCAAGAUUCAGGAAGAACUGGAAACCCUCAAGCCCCAGCUCAUCAAAGCCUCACAGGACAUGGUGGAUCUCAUGGUCGACAUCAGCAAAAUGCAAGAAAGCGCUGCCCGGACAAAGGCCACAGUUGAAGUCGAAGAGGCACAGUGCAAGAGUCAGGCCGAUGCAGCAGCGGAAGUCAGAGAGCAGUGCAAGGCAGAGCUGGACACGGCCCUGCCUGCUCUGACUGCUGCGGUCGAAGCUCUCAAGAAACUGUCGAAAUCAGACAUAACGGAGCUGAAUUCGAUGAAGAGUCCGCCUGCGGGCGUCAUCAAAGUCGUCGAGGCCCUGUGCAAGAUGUUCAGCAUCAAGCCCGCGAAGGUGAAGAGUGCCGACAGCAUGCGCAAGGCAGACGACUAUUGGACCGCCUCAAAGAAACACUUGCUAAGCGACACGAAGUUUCUUCAGCGCCUAUUCACCUAUGACAAAGAUCACAUCCCCGUGGAAGUCAUGAGCGACAUUUUGCCUUACCAAACGGACCCAGAUUUUGACCCAGAAGUCAUCAAAAAGGCGUCGGUGGCUGCGACCAGCCUCUGCAAGUGGGUUCGCGCCAUCAUCGUCUACGACCAGGUUGCGAAAGUCGUGGAGCCGAAACAGAAAAACCUAGAAAAAGCUGAGGCCGAGUUGGCCGUCGCUGCGGAGAAACUCGACGAGAAGAAACGCGAGUUAACCGCUGUCGAGGAGCUGCUCGAGCGUUUGCUCGCCGAGCACAAAGCAGCUGAACACAAAAAGGAAGAACUGAAAAAGCAGUUCGACGAAUGCUCCCUCAGACUCCAAGUCGCCGAGCGACUCAUCAACGACUUGGCUGGGGAAAACACCCGAUGGAAAGCAUCUUUCCACGAGCUCAAACUCCGCAUUCAGACGCUUCUCGGCGAGUUGCUGGUGACUUCUGCGGUCAUUGCUUACUCGGGCGUUUUCCCUGCGGCGUAUCGCCAGCGGUGCCUGCAGAGGUGGCGAGGAACUCUGGCGAGAUACGGUGUAGAGCUGAGCGCCCAUUUCGACAUCCAGAAAGCUGUGGGUGACUCUCUGCAGAUUCAGACGUGGAUUGUGAACAUGCUCCCCAACGAUCCUCUCUCUAUUGAGAACGCCAUCAUUCUCUCCCUCUCCGCGCGCUGGCCGCUGCUGAUUGAUCCGCAAAAUCAGGCAACCCGGUGGCUCAAGAAAACGUAUCCGGAUAUGAUUGUUCUUCGAGCUUCCGGAGAUGCCUACUUCCGAUCUCUCCAGCUCGCAGUACAGAUGGGGUCUCGUGUCCUGAUUGAGCACUGCAGUGAAGCACUGGAUCCGUCCCUAGACAGUCUACUUUCACGCGCCGUUUUCAAGGCUGGAAACAUUGAUAUGAUUCGUCUCAGAGACACAACUGUUGAGUACGCGAAGACGUUUCACCUCUCUCUUUCCACUCUUCUUGGAAAUCCCCACUUUUCUCCAGAGCACUGUGCGCAGCUUACCAUGCUAAAUUUUUCUGUCACUCCUGAAGGCCUUGAAGAUCAGCUUCUGGGGGCGCUCGUCGCACUCGAACAACCUGCCAUAGAGGCGAAGAGGCAGGCGCUAAUCGUUGAGAGCUCCAUGAGUAAAAAGCAGCUGCAGGAUCUAGAAAAAAAGAUCCUCCACCUGUUGUCCAAUGCGAAGGGUGAUAUUCUGGACGACCGCGAACUGAUUGGAACUCUGAGCAGCUCGAAAGCAGCUUCCCAAGCUAUCGAAGAUCGAGUGGAGGAAUACAAAAAAACAGCAGAAAUCGUCGAUUCGACGCGCGCCAUCUACCGCCCCGUUGCGUAUCGAACAGCUGGUCUCUUCUUUGCCGUUGCCGACUUGGCUACGAUCGACAGAAUGUACCACUUCAGCGUUGAAUGGUUUCUCGCCAUCUUCGUCAACGCUAUCGAGGCUGCUCGAGACGCGCACGACGACCUUGACGACAUUCAGAUGCAUCUGGAAGAGAUCGACCGUCAGUUUCUGUCGAUGCUCUACGAGAAUGUGUGUCGGUCUCUGUUUGAGAAAGACAAGCUUUUGUUUUCCCUGCUCCUGGCACUGACGUCCUUGCGUGUGGACAACGAACUGGAAACCGACCAACUGAAGCUCCUGCUGAUGGGGGGUGUAACGGGACGCGAAAUUUCUUAUUCGAAACCAGCAAGAGCUGAAGACUGGCUGCCCGACCUCGCGUGGACUCGGCUGGUCGAGCUCGCAGAAAAUGCCAAGGAAGGCGCGCUCCUUUCCAACUUUUUGGGCCUCUUUCAAGAAACUGUUGACGACUGGAGAGACGUGUUCGAGAGUGAAGAGCCCCUAGACAGCCCGUGGCCCCAUGACCUAGAUCAACGUGCCACCGAGCUGGAAAAGUGCUUGCUGAUUCAGGCUUUGCGUCCAGACUGCCUGCUGAAGGCGAUGCGAAAUUUAGUGGAAGACACACUUGGCGCGUUCUUCCUUGAGCCUCCCGCAUUCGACCUCGCGCUGUCGUACAAACUAUCCACUCCGACCCGGCCGAUCGUCUUUGCUCUGUCGGCCGGGGCCGACCCGAUGGAAGCCAUUCUGAAACUGGCACAAGCGAACAGAAUGGAGAAAAAGCUAGUGGCCAUCAGCUUGGGUCAGGGACAAGAUCCCAAGGCGGCUGCAGCGAUUGAAACUGCAGUGAGUACAGGGGCUUGGAUUUUGCUGCAGAACUGUCACCUGAGCGCCAGUUUCCUUCCUCAGUUGGAACGCAUCGUCGAGGAGUUCCCUCUGAGAGACGUGCAUCCAGAUUUCCGUCUCCUGCUGACGUCGAUGCCGUCGCCUCAGUUUCCUGAAUCAGUGCUUUUGAACAGCGUGAAAGUGACGAAUGAGCCGCCUCGCGGUCUGCGCCAGAACCUCCUGCGGUCUUACCUUGGCUUCGACGAAUCUUUCCUUGAGGACCACCCGAAGCCAACCGCGUGGAAAAACAUGCUGUUUGCGUUGUGCUUUUUCCACGCGAUGCUCCUCGAGAGAAGGAAGUUCGGUCCACUAGGAUGGAACGUGCCUUACGAGUUCUCACAAAGCGACAUGCAGAUAUCGAUCCAGCAGCUGAGACACUUCGUCGGCGCAUUUGACCAGAUACCCUGGAAAACUCUCAAGUAUCUUGCGGCCGAGACAAACUACGGAGGACGCAUCACAGAUCCUUGGGAUAGACGCCUCAUCAACUACCUUAUUGACGAUAUCUACUCCCCUGAAAUUCUCGAGGAAGGUUUCUGUCUCAGUGCGUCGGAGGGAAUUGAAGUUCCUCCUGCGACAUUUACACUUGAAGAGUAUCUAGACUUCAUACGCGAAAUGCCAACAGAGGAAAGCCCUGAGGUUUACACACUUCAUCCAAAUGCAAAUAUGUCGGUGGCGAUAUCGGAGGCGAGUUCCAUUCUUGACGCAGUUCUUUCUCUCCAGCCGCGCACUUCGUCUGGAAAUGCAUCUGGGAGCUCUUCUACACCUGCCUCUGCAGUGGCACAGAAACUUCAGGACCAACUGCCCGAGCUCUUUGACAUUGCCGCAGUUGAGCAGAAAUACCCAGUUCGAUACGAGGAGAUUCUAAACACAGUUCUUGUCCAGGAGCUGAGUCGAUAUAACCGAUUGCUAAAAGUCAUAAAGGCACAGCUCAAGGCGCUGCAGGACGCAGAAAACGGCCUCGUUCUCCUAACUCCAGAGCUGGAAGAGCUGGGGAAUAACCUGUCUGAUAAUCGCGUGCCAAGAGAGUUUUUGCGUUUUGCUUAUCCGUCGAUGAAGCCUCUGAGUUCGUGGAUAAAAGACUUGAUUCAGCGGUUGCAGUUCUUCAGCCGAUGGGUCGACGAAGGACCUCCCGCGGCUUUCUGGCUCCCGGGGUUCUUCUUUACGCAGUCAUUUUUAACAGCUGUCCUCCAGAGUUUCUCAAGACUCGCGCAAGUGCCGAUAGACGAAAUUUCUCUCGAUUUCGAGGUUCUCCAGUCCUCGACCAAGUCUGAAACGGACGCUAAAGCUGCCCUGUCUCCGCCGUCUGUCGGAUGUCACGUCUAUGGAUUGUAUUUAGAAGGAGCACGGUGGGAUGACGACGAAACGGUGGUAGCUGAAGCUCAUCCAGGUGUUCUUUUCCACGAAAUGCCCAUGAUUUGGAUUGAGCCCUGCGAGUCAUCGCGACCAAGAAAGUCUCGAGACGUCUAUGAAUGCCCCGUCUAUAAGACGGCUGCGCGUGCAGGAACGCUGUCAACGACGGGGCUCUCGACAAACUACGUGCUAACUGUUCGACUUCCUAUAGAUCCUCAUCAAAGUUCCGCGGCUUACUGGGCAAAGAGGGGAGUCGCCCUUCUCCUCCAACUCAGCACAUAAACUCAAUAAAUAUGUGCAUAAACUCCCCUGAACAUGCUUAUGAAGAAUCCGUGGUCUCAAGAGACGAUUACUCCCAACACGAUUGUGACCAUAUAUAUAUAUAUAUAUAUAUAUCCUUCAAUUGAACUAUGAUGUUUUGUUUUCGUGCUUGUCGAUAUCUGGAAAGAAUUCUCUCCAAGGCAGAACGCGCUGUAUACGUUUCAUGCGGACUGGUCAACGUUGUCAUCGCUUCUGCGAGGUGCGUGUCUCCUCUAGCGUUCCAGGGAUAUCCCUCCUCACAAACGUCUGUCGAUGCUCAAAGUGCUAUUGGGGGUUUUCUUUUCCUACUGCUCGAAAUAGAGAAAAACCUCGGUGGUCACCUCUCGUCCUGUACCAUGUGUCUGCCUGCCCUUUUUCUUGAAGCUGG